CUUCGAAUGUAAUGGGUAAUUAUGCUGAAAAAGUGGACCGAUGUCCGUGUUCUUUCUCUCGGGUAUGCGUAUCGAGCAUGCACACGGCGACUUUAAGAUGGGACCGGAAUAGGUUCAUGUAUUUGUGAGGGAAUUAAAAAUUUGAACCAAUGAUGAAUUCUUUGACAAGAUUUUCGAUUAUUAUCGGUGUGAUUCUUUUGUUUAAUGUGGAGAGACUAGUAUCAGGUCAGGGGACGCGCUGCGACGGUACCGAACAUGCGGGGACCAACGAUCCAAACAACAAGAACAACGACCUGGACACGGAUACAGGGCUAGGGGUACUCCUUGAUGCCACAGACAAAGAGUACAUGACGGAUUGCUGUGGGGUGAUAGAGUCAUGGCGGUUCUAUGUCAAAACGAACACCGGUACUGUCGACCUGCAGGUUUGGAGGCCGGACGGGACAGGCUCAUUCACCUUGGUGGGCAAGAAUUCCCGGACCGUCAGCACGAUAAACAAUGAAAUAACGUACCUAGUGCCCGUAAGUGAGAGAAUUUCUGUUCUGGAUGGAGAUUAUUUGGGCUUCUAUACCAGUGGAAACCCUAUGAUAUCUCACAAACAAGAAGGCGGCGGGAACGAUCGCUACACCUAUUCCACUAUAAUAGGGGCCAAGAAUGUAGGGGAUUCUUUCGACUGGAGCGCCGCGACACCGGCCACGGAGUCCAGAACGUACGCCAUCAGAGCCGAUCUGGGACCAGGGAACGCCCCAACGUUUACCAAUCUCCCCAAUACGCUGACACUGACUGACGACAGAGCGGCCAACACGCUGCUCUUCACCGUGUCCGUCAAUGACGUCGACCCCCAGGACACACCCACACUGGUCGGCUUAACCACAAUCAUAGAUUUCACGUUUAACGCAGCAAAUGGAGAAGUAAAAAAUACUGGAGCCCUUCCGGUAGGAACAACAGAGCUUCAAUUUCGAGUCGACGAUCAAUGCAGUGGUACAACAGAAACAUUGACUAUUGUUGUUAACAAUAUUCCCCCGGUGAUCACCAACCUGCCCUCCACCUACGACAUUUCCGAGGACCAGACGGCAGAGCAGCUAUUGUACACCCUGACGGUGACCGACGGCUCACUCAGUGACCGAGUCACGUGUUCGACCGACUCCAUCACCCCCUCCACCGACAACUUCUUCGUCAGACUGAUCGCUGGAACUACAGAUUCUUACGGAGUGUACGUGAAGGCUUUACCCUCCCUUUCCUACGAUUCCGUCCGUCAGUACGCGGUACUGAUCAGCUGUACAGAUACCAAGACACCAGUCACAGACACACUCACCAUCUUUGUCACCAAGAACAACCCGCCAUCCUUUGACAACCUACCAGCUACCAAAACAGUGAUAUCAUCAAGUACGACAACCGGAAGUACCGUGUACACAGUAACAGCCACUGAUUCAGAUUCCCCGCAGCUGUACUUCAAUAUGACGUGUGUUCCGGUCACAUGUCCAUUCGUUAUUCACCACUCUGGAGAAAUUCUGGCCACCUCCGAUCUGACGUCACACACAGUGCCGGGGUACGACCUGUACAUUUACGUCAACGACGGCAAAACUCUGGUUGGGCCCCGUACUCUAACCGUCAUUAUUUCAGGAAUAAAUACAGCGCCGACGAUAACAAACCUCCCAUUGUCCUCAGCAUUGUCAGUACCAGAAAAUGGCGGCCUUUCCGCUUCCGUUUACCAGGUUUCUGUGACGGAUGUGGACGUUGGUCAGACCCAUACUUUCUAUGCAUCGUACAGCCCUAGCACUGGCUCAUCACUUUUUUCAAUGAAUCCAACGACUGGGUUGAUUUCUACGUCUUCAACUCAGGCGAUUAACUACGAGGCGCUUGGAGCUUCAGGGAGGAGCUAUGUGAUAACUGUUACAGUAACUGAUGGUUUCGACACCGCCACUCAGUCACUCUCUGUCGCUAUCACAGAUCAGAACGAGGCUCCGGUCUUUGGAAAAGCGUCGUACGCUAUUUCUGGAAACGAAGGAAACGCGGGAACAACAGUUGGGGAUCCCUCCUUUGACGUCACCGAUCCUGAUGCUGGCGCAACAAAAGCUUUUUCUAUUGACUGUCCUUCGUUUGUAAUAAAUUCAAACAGCGGCGUGGUAACGUUUAGUCAUGACUAUGACCUAGAUGUGGCAGGCACCGCCCCCUCUGUCACGUGCAUUGUGACAGUAUCUGAUGGUGACCUCACAGACACCGCCUCAUUGGUCAUCACUAUCAAUGACGUUAAUGACCACACGCCUAGAUUCACUAGCGCCACCUUCACGUUUUAUGCCCAGCCAAACACCGGAGUGGGUACAGCACUUGGUUUUAUAACGGCUUCCGAUAAUGACGCCGGGGCUUUUGGAACUAUUUCCUACACUCUGGACCAGACUGGACUAGGAUUCGAGUACUUUGGAGUCAAACAUGACGGGGAAUUCUACGUCAAGAGCAGCUUACUACUCUUCUCCUCCGGGACCACAUUAUCUCUGUCAACUGUCGUCAAAGAUUCGGGGGGACUCCAGGACACCGCCGCGGUGACUGUAAUUAUCCCAGAAUCCACCACGGCUGCACCAACCACCACCACAGAUCGUCACGUGACUUUUUGGAUGGACCCGCGGAACAUUGCCUGGGUUACGGUGGCGGUGAUAUUGUUUACUGGACUAUUUCUGUUCUGUGCAUAUCUCAUAGUUCGAUUUGGAAACUUCGCCUUUUUCCAUAAUUUUUUCAAACCGAGCCAAGUGACAGCGAAAAAAUGGCCUACACACAGAAAAACAAGAAUAAGGUAUUCAAAGAAUCCAUCAAAGGAUAGAUGGGAACCAUGGCGGGCGCAUUCAACCGAAUACCUGGCAAGGGAGAACGUCUACUAAUUUGAUAUGAAGAAUAAUCUCUCGUCAAAGAACAAAUGGAUUAUGUAUAUGAAUCUUGCCUACAGAAUUUAUUAAGGAAAGGGUUGUUAUAUUUGCAAAUGAUUAAAUAAAAAGAAAAAUAGAUAUAAAUAUAUAUUCAUUUAUGUUGUAACACUUUAACAAAAUUGUAUUCAUUACAUGACUUUUGGAUUACUUUGUUUAAAUUAAAGUAAGUUUAAUAUGAUAGUACAUGUAUUAUUAUAAAUGCGAGAUUGUUAUUCACUUGAUGUUUAUUUUUAUAUUGUAUCUUUUCGUAUUUAAAUGCACCUAGUAAAUUCAAAUUUACUGGAACAUCUGUCUCAAAUGAAAUUCUUUUGGUGAUUUUCUGUAUAUCCAGUAUUAUAUGAGAACAGUACAAUGUAGGUGUUUUCAGAGUUGUACCGUUGGUGAAUUUAAAAUCCACCGCAUUUGGUCGCCAUCGGUGAACUUUGUUAGUCAGUGGCAACCAAGUGAUGCCUUUUGUAGCAAUUUUACCUGUAAUAACUAUGAGCAAUUUUUAUUAUACUCAAAUAAAUGGUAGUCUUUGGUUAUACUUUGUAACCAGUUAUAACCAUCUGAUUAUAUAAAAUAGAGGGUUAAAAAGUAUCCUCCAUUAAGUUUCAUCAAAAAGCUUAUUUUAAUGGUUUAUUUUAACUCAAACAAAAGAGGUCAUAACAAUACGAAACUUUUAUGACAAUUCUAUUCCAACUUAUAUUAAGACACAAUUGAAUACUACAAGAUUACUAUCCAUCAAUGCAAACAUCAAAUAUCUAUCGUAAAAUUUAUUUAACAAAUUCAGCAAAAGUAUAUAUCACACACUAUCUAAUAUUUCUGGGUACGGGGGCAAACUCUAAUAAGCCUGCAUUUGUUUUAAUUCGUAUUCAAAAUAUUCUAUGCAACAAAAUAUCAAACCAGUUAUUAUUUACAUGAGUAUCAAUAGGUUUCUUAUUGCCCAAUCUAAUUAAAAUUAGAUGUUAGAUACGCAUGCUUACUCGCUACACAUAGCGAGUAAGCGAGCGGAUCUAACAUCUCAUUUUAAUUAGAUUUCUUACUGCCUGACAUAAUGAAUUGCAUAAUGUAAGUAAGUAAAUAAUUUAUUAUAAUGACAUGUGUAUAGAACAUCAUUACAACAUUCCUUUAACAAACAUAACUUCAAUACACCCGGCCCAACGGACCUAUAAGUCACUUUCAAACUGUUACAAUAUGUGAAUAAAUUUUACAUGUUUUAGGAGCAAGAUGGUUUUGUCAAGUUUUUCUGUUUUAAAUUGUAUAAUUCAUUAAUAAAAUAAGCGAUUUUGGCGGGAAUAGUUACAUAUUAGGUCAACAAAUAGAGUACUAUCAUUUGCAUUAUUUUGACUUACAAAUAAAUCAUAUCCAAUUUUAUAAAAUAAAUGUCUUCUCUGAUUAUUAAAGAAUAGAUAAAAUUGAAUGUAAUAAAAAUGCUUUUCAAUUUCGAUUUCGUUAAGAUCACAUAGGUUACAUAUUCUGUCCUCUACCGGUUUUCCUCUGUAGCGACCUGUAUCAAUCCUUAGGGGGAGACCACCACAUCUAAACAUUGCCAAUUUUGAUCUGAUGGGUUUUGGGAGAUCUAGCGUAAUGUAUUUUUCGACUGUGUUGUUGGGUUUUAAAAGGAUAUAUGUACGAAGUUUGGUACACUUGGGAUAUCUUUGUGCCAUUUAUGUCACCUUCUAAACUUUUGCUUAAGCUCUAGGAUUGCUGAUUGAUUUAGUGGUGACCGAUUGCUACCAUUUGGAACCAUUUGUAGAUUUUGGUGAGCGAACUUGCCGAAGGUAACAAUCUGGU